AUGGCCUCUGAGGACGAAGACUAUUUCCUCCCACCGGAGCAGCAGCGCCCCUUCAGCUCCGGAAUCCGCCGCAAACGCGUGCAGUUCGUGCGCUCGUCCAAUCUAGACACCACAACAGCCCCAACUCCCUCUCUCUCCGGGACUAGCAUCGCAGACACAUACCUCUCUAUUGUGAUGGGCCAAUCAGCCCCAAGUACAUCAACACAUACACCAACUCAGCGCGCAGAAUCACCACCAAUUCGUACGCAGUCCGCACCGCCAACUUCAGACAUAUUCCCGCCUCCAUCCACAGUGGCGCCCGCGGCCCAAGAAUACUGUGACGUGUGCCAGCUACCUCUCCCACCACAAGCCCCAGCGGACACAACAGACCAAAAACUUCGCCCGCACGAAGCCUCCCUCGCGCAUCAAAUCUGCCUCGCUCACUCUCACCCGCCAUCGCACCUCGACCGCACGCGCACAGGUCUCCGAUAUCUCUCUACAUACGGUUGGGAUCCUGAUAGUAGGCUUGGGCUCGGCGCUUCGGGUCGUGAGGGUAUUCGUGAACCUAUCAAACCUCGCGUCAAGCAUGGUACGGCUGGGUUGGGAACUGGGCUUGAUCAGGAUGGAGAUCCGCUGCCGCCUAGACCGGCGCCGCCGGUGAAGGUGCAGAAGCUUAAUUCCAAACAGGCGCGGAAUAAAGCCGCGGAAGAUAAGAAGAGGGCGGAAAGGCUGAGGAAGGCUUUUUAUCAGAGUGAUGAGGUUUUACACUAUCUUGGGGAGGGGAUUUAG